CGACUGAUGGUCUCAACCGCUUUUUUGGUUUAGCACGGUUCUACGGUUCUGCUCGGGUCAAUUCAUCUGGCAGAACCUGUUUCGUGCAGCAUUUGUCUAGGCCUAAUGAUGAUCACUUCGCAGUACUGCUUCGCUCAGCGCAGUACAAUCUCUUGUUGACACUCCUAACGCGGUUCAUUUUUUGAGCUGGGAAUAAAUGUUGCACAAGGAUACGUAGACAUGACUUCGUGCGAUUCAUGCCCAUGACUUCGCGUCGCAAGUGUCAGCCUUCGCUGCGUUGUAGUAAACAUGUCGAAGAGCGAUGUGCGUGCUAGCGGAACGGCGAUUACUAGCUUACUUGAGUGAAAACGUGAGUGAAGUAAGUCUGAAGGCACAUUUUGGCAUAAACGAGCCCUGUCAUUUCUAACUGUUAAACGCGCAGAAAUGGACAUGCAGGUGUUCCCGCCUUUUCGCUGGUUAAAUGCGUACCGUGCAGUACAGUACACAGAAAUGCUCCACGCAGGAGUGAGGGCCACGGAGUGGCUAUCGCGUGGCAGGAGCGUGGUCCUGGGUGAUCAACCCUGGCGUAACCCUGGCUGGUGAGGAGACAUUGGUGCUUCCUGGCCCUUCAAGCUGACCAGAGGCCCUGUCAGGAUGGUGAAGACCUUCCAGGCAUACCUUUCCAGCUGUCACCGCACCUACAGUUGCAUCCACUGUAGGGCCCACCUGGCAAAUCAUGACGAGCUCAUUUCCAAGUCAUUCCAAGGGAGUCAAGGAAGAGCGUACCUCUUCAACUCAGUAGUAAACGUUGGCUGUGGCCCUGCGGAGGAGCGGUACUUGUUAACGGGGCUUCACGCUGUGGCCGACAUCUACUGCGAGUGUUGCAAAACAACACUAGGCUGGAAAUAUGAACAUGCCUUUGAAUCAAGCCAAAAAUACAAGGAAGGCAAGUACAUCAUUGAGCUGGCACACAUGAUCAAAGAGAAUGGGUGGGAUUGACAACACGCCCCCCAGGGAGGGGAAACAUCCCUUCCUGCGUCUCCCAUUGGAGGGGAGCCCGGAGAUGGAGCUCUGCAGCAGUUCUUCCCUCCUUUCUAAGCAUCUGGCUUCCACACGCAGAUGCCUCGCUGGCGAUGUUCCGUACGUAAUGAGGACUCGCGACUUCUCUGUGCCUCAAACUGUGUUACGAACGACUGUGCUAGCAAUGCCGUGCAUUAAGUACGAACUUGCAUUAAGUACGAACUUGCAUUACUCAUCCUGGUCACAAUAACUGAAGUGUGACGCGAGCACUAACCUGUGGCAACACUUGGCGGUGCAGAUCUUCUAGUCCAUGGGCUGGUACUGUCCUGCUACUGCAAGGAUGCCCCUCUUCCCACUGAGAAGAAAGGAAAAAAAAAAUGUUAUCUGUGAUGAUUAUAACUGUUACCUAGCGUAAGGGUUGUAUGUGGUUGUCCUUGGGCAUGUUGUGUUCAGCCUGUACCUAUAUUUCUUCUGUCCUUUAUUUGGGAUAGUUUUGCAGUGAAAGUUCUCCACAGCUGGUUCUUUUGAGGGUACCUAUUUAUUCGUCGUGUCUCGCACGGGUGAUCGCGCGGGGAGGGGGGGGGGGGGACGACGCUGUUCCAUGACCGUGUCGGUGCACCCGUUGAGCGUGGCAAGAGAAGUUGCACCGUGUCUACCCAACUUGUUUGUAGCUCAACGAGGAGUAGCUUGCGGAGGAGCCUUUGUUGAAGGAUAGUGUUGACGACGAGAGUACACAUCGUGGUAUGUCUGAGUGUUGCUGGUAUGAAACGGCGCUUGAUGGUCCGAGAAAGAAUGGAAGUUAACGGGCACCCUAAGUUUUUCUAUGAGUUAGAGGUUUUACGUUACUGGUCGUAAUUUACAGCUAUCCUUUACCGGACAAGAGCUUUAAUAUUUUUUUGUUGGUAGCUACGUUCAUUUGAUGUGCAGGAUGUACAUUGUCUUCUCGUUACAUGCAGUACAGCGACUGCGGAGAAACUAAGGACUGAAAAUUUUUUCCAGGGCAUACCUAUGCUAAAAGGAAUGCAAUGUUAUUACUGUAUUACCCCAAGUAAUGCAGAACACAUGCUCAAGUACUGUGCUGGCUGGCAGCAGCUGAAACAUUGUACACCCUGUACUUUUCAUAGACAAUCACUGACAAGCAAAAUUGCUAAAUACAUGCUUCUGCGUUUUCAUGCCCACUCAUUAUACCACUUGACUGACAUAGUCGACUUACAAUACAGCACAGUGACAAAGAGUUGUGAUAGUUGUCCGAGGCGGUACUGCGCUGGACCUGUGUUAUAGAGAUGUUUUAUUUCGAUUCUCGGUGCAUGCUAAUAUGCUGUGUACGUGUUACUAUACUUCUGUUUGUGUGUCCUGUUCUGGUGAAUGAAGUUGUGGAUGUAUUUUUGCACAAGUACAGAUGGUCUCUGCAGCUUUAAUGUACCAUGGUGUGCAGAACAUGUAUAUUUUAUAUAGGCACAUCUAUCAGUCAUUAUCUUCAUGACUUCGCACUUUUUCAUUCGCAGUGUCCGUGACAGUCUUUUUCUUUUUUACCCGACACACCCGCACGGGUUUCAGCCAUCACCAUCGCUCUUGUAUGGAAGUAGCCAGAUUUAGGCUAACUUAGACUUGAUAUAUGUACGUAUAACAUUUUGAGGCACAUUUUUUUUGCUGCAGACUUUUUGGUAAAACGUUUCAUUUCCAGUAGUUGAGUGUCUGUGGGAACGUGAGAAAUUGCAACAUGCGCAGGAGUAGCGAUAACUUUUCGGCCACAUAUUUAGCUCGAAGCAAAGAAUUAUUUGCACUUGGUUGACUUACCUGUGUCAUGAAAAUUUGGUAUUUAAUCGUACUUCUUUUUUCGUCGCUUAACUCUUCAAACCUCUCUCAUUCCUAGUGAGGUGUAAGUAGACCCUUGUGUUUUCAGGAUCUGAGCUUUUCUUCCUUUUUGUCAGGGGGAUAAGAAGCGGGUUUUAUUCCAGGAGCAAUUUUCCAAAGCAAAUUUCCAGGCAGAAAACCAAACAUGAGCACUUCUUGCAUUUCAAAUGAACACAAUAUGCCAAUCAACUCUGCUGCAUGCUUUUGAAUGUUUUUUUCGGGUUUUACCGCAAGUGUCGAUGACGCGAAUCUGGACAGGAAUAAAGACAGGUUUUACUGGGUUCAGCCCUAGGACACAAGGCUCUAGGUUGAAGCUAUGGUUAUUGAUAACAUUGAUAAAAUACGGCCAUUGAUAACAACACGCAUGGGCCAGUGUAGUUGAAGAGUGAAGCAGUGAUUUACAACAUGGGCGUUUCAUACACUUUGACAGCGUGUCUGUACCUCUUGUGAACGCACACUAUGGUAUGGGUGAACACAUACUAUUGUGGAGACGGCCAAACAGACCAGCUGGAACUUCUUUCUGCAACGGCCCACAAUAUUUUUUUAAAAGUAAAACAAGUUGUCAAGUUAUCUUCGAGAAAAUGUGUGCGGAUGGUUUGUCGAGAUGUGCCUUUCUCUGUUUGGUCUCAAUUUUUUUGCACUAUUCGUUUGUUGAGGCUCUUCGGUUUGGUAGUUGUAGUGACCACCGAAAAAUUUUUUUUUUCCUUUGACAACAAUUAACAUUAAUUCAUGUAGCCAGAAGUGUCUAGCUUUGAAGGUCACAAUACCGGAUCACAGAUGGGAGAAAAUUUUUUCUUUUUUUUUAUUGUGACUUUCAAAUUACUUGCCACACAUUUUGCUUUUGUUUUGUCAAAUGCAUUAUUCCUCACCAAAGAGAACACAGAACAGGAUGCUUGAGCACGUUACAAUUUGUGAAAUCCAAGGCACGUCGGAAGUACUGUUGGUGACCCACUGUUGUGAGCAUAAUUCUGCAUGUGAUUGCUGUGGAAAUGCAUGGAAGCAACUAACGUGUAUAGACAUGGCCUGAUUGUGUAUAACCUUGAAUAUGAGUCCCGGAAGACUAGCUGUCUGUACACAAGUGGUGUUCUGAUAUUGCACUGUGAAAGCACACGUGGGGUAGGCAUUUCUUGUGGUAUGUGAGCAGGUCCAGCGCCACCUUGAGCAAACAAGGCCUGAUCGGUUCAACGACGUGACGUAGCCAUUAGGAGUCUGCCAAUCACGGCAUGCUUUCGGUGGCUGUAGCUGUGGAGACAAGCCGCAAUCAGGUGCAUGGGUAGCCACUGGAAGCACGCAGAAAUCUUGUGUUUGGAAUCAUGUUGUAGCGAUUAGCAGAAAGCAGACGACAUCAGAAUUAUAUGGUGACAGUAAGCAGGAGCAGUCGACUGAUUUUGAUAUUAUAGUUGUCUACCACAUUCCACCGUCAUUUAAAAAAACAAAACAAAAAAGCACUGGUUCAUAUCUGGUUCCGGUUUCACUUUAAUGAAAAUGUGAGCUAAUGUACCUUUGCAGAAACUGAAAGUGAUGUUGUGGCUAUGCAGUUGAAUUUGUGGUGGUUCGGAAUAUUCUUCACUGUGGCUCUGAACAACAUGCGAAACUAUGUGACAGCAUUUGUAUAUCCCUUUGUGUGUGGUUGAGCAGGCUUUCUGAGCCUAGGUGGCGCUGGCAGGCUUCGUUACGUGAUAUCUUGUUUGAGAUGCUCUGAACUGCAGGAAGGACACUUCACACGUUGUAGUACAGAUUUUGUGGCUUUUACUUAGUAACCCGAUUAUACUUAAUACGUACGACAUGCAGCCCUUCCUGGUGCAUAAAUGGAGGCUCAAAAAGCUGAUCUAGAAUAGCGUGGCUCUUUUUUUUAUGCUUGUGCCAUGCAACCAGAAGUCCGUUGUGUUUCCUUGCGAGCAGUGAAGGAGGAAUUGUUUAUACUGUCAUAUCUUGUCAUGUCAUUAACAUGCCUAGGCUCUCAUGUCAACUAAACUUUGACACAAAGAACUUGUGUUAGGUAUGGCACCUCAGUGUGUAUAUAUGCAUAUAUUUAUUCUCAUGCUGGAAGUAUUCAUCAAUAAAGUGUGUUUAGUUUUGUGAA